CGAAAGACGGCGGAAGGAAGUUGGCCACCAGUUCCGCUACACGAGCCACGCGGGAAGUGUCCUCGUCCCGCCGGGAUAGCGACGGCCACUUGUUCCUCCGACCGCCUUCAUGUUCUGGCAAACUAUUCUGUAUGCCGCCUUGGCUGUUCUCGAGUCAGGAGUCCAGAGCAUCCGCAUCCUAUCCCUGGAGGUGCCUCAGUCUGUGGUUGUGGGCCGAGAAGCCAGGUUGAAAUGCGCCUACGACCUCGAAGGUGACAUCCUCUACUCUGUGAAAUGGUAUCGCGACGAUGUCGAGUUCUUCCGCUACGUGCCUUCAGACCGUCCACCAGGACAGUUCUUUCCUGUAGACGGUAUCAAAGUCGAUCUGCAGCGUUCGAAUAAUGGCACAGUAUACAUUCGGGAUGUUGACACACUAACCGGUGGCAACUACAAGUGUGAAGUGUCCGCCGACGCGCCUUCCUUCAAGACAAUGUUCAUGGAGAAGCUCAUACGGAUUGACUCCUCUUCUGGAGGAGUGUCCCUUCCCACUCUAGCCACCGUGCUUCUCCUCGGAAGCCUGCCUCUCUGCUUCAGGCGGGCAUAUCUCCAUUGAUUCCCACACGAGGUGGAAACAAAGCAUCCGUGCAUCUGCGUGUGAGCGGAAGGACUCGGUGAAACCGUUGCAGUGCUGUCUACAACGUGUGAAGGAGAGCGCAUGGACUACGUUAUCGUGGCGAAACUUUUUUUCUUCGCGCUCAUCAUCAGCACGAGUACUAUCAUAGGAGGAGAGAACUCUACGUCAUCGUACCAUUUACCGUUAACGCAGAGACGCAUCGACCGCAGGCUGCAAGUGCGAGAGAGUGAUGGUUUAACGAGUGGUCUUGGAGGAGAAUGUUGUCAUGUACAUAGUCUGUUUCAUGAUUUGCCUGAAUUAAAUGAAUACUUAGUUG